UUCAGAGACAGAGAGUCAGGGAGAUAGAGGGAUAAUCUCUCACACCACCUGAACCUGUGGUGGAACACAGCCAACAGACCGACCCGGACCAUCAAACUCUACUACCUGAACCUGUAGUGGAACACAGCCAACAGACCGACCCAGACCAUCAACUCUACUACCUGAACCUGCUGUUGUAGAACACAGCCAACAGACCGACCCGGACCAUCAACUCUACUACCUGAACCUGUGGUGGAACACAGCCAACAGACCGACCCAGACCAUCAACUCUACUACCUGAACCUGUGGUGGAACACAGCCAACAGACCGACCCGGACCAUCAACUCUACUACCUGAACCUGCUGUUGUAGAACACAGCCAACAGAACGACCCAUGGUCCAUAUCACUGUGCCCAGUUUUACGCAUCAACGGAGCAAGCGUUUGUGUUUGUCUGUGCAUGCAUAGACCUGGAGCGCAGGUGUGCGGAAACAGCUCAGCCAUGAGAUUCCUCGGCAGGUUGCAAUGGAACGACUCCUCCGUUCUAAUCCAUCCCCCCGGGUUCUACAUCAUCGGCUUCACCUCCCUGCCCUUUGCCAACCUCUACUUCAUCUUCCUCGCUUUCGUUUACGUGGUGUCAGUCGUGUUCAACACAUUUGUGAUCUAUAUAAUCAUGGUGGACCAUCGCCUCCACAAUCCCAAGUAUAUCGCGGUUGGUAACCUCGCGGUGGUUGAUCUGGUGCUGAAUACUUGCAUUAUUCCCGGUAUGCUAAAGGCGUUUCUUGCUAAGAACAAUUUUGUGCCGUUUAAUCUGUGUAUGGUACAGAUGUAUGUGUAUUAUUCCUUCAUAUCUAUGGAAUCGUUCUCCAUCGCUGUGCUCGCCUAUGACCGUAUGAUCGCCAUAUGUUUCCCUCUGAGGCACGGCUCCAUCAACACCAUGACCAGUAUGUCGUGUAUUCUCGGUGUCAUCUGGUGCUUCUGUCUUGGUAUACAGAUAUUCAGUGCUGCAAUUAUGACCAGGCUGUCCUACUGCGAUUCCGUUAACGUCUACAGCUAUUUCUGUGAUUACGCACCAGUGUUUCGGCUGGCAUGUAACGACAACUCCCUGCAAUGGGCUGUGGCUUCAGUUCUGAGCCUGGUUAUCCUCCUCGGCCCACUGUCCUUCAUCAUUCUGUCAUACAUGAGUAUUCUAAUCGCUGUGUUCAGGAUGAAAAGCGUUGAGAGUCGCGUGAAAGCACUGGCCACCUGCACUGAGCACCUCAUUCUAGUGGCAGUAUUCUUCUUUCCGGUUCUGACUAUUUUCAUGGUUGGGUUAUUAGCGCGCAUCAAACCAGACCCUGACCUGCGUGUACUGAGCCUGUCGCUGGCCUCGUGCAUCCCGCCCUGUCUCAACCCCAUCGUCUACUCUCUGAAAACUAAAGAGAUCAAGAGUAAAGUGCUCACCAUGUUCAGGAGAAUUAAAGUUCAAGUAGUUAACGAUUGAUCUUUACGCAUAGGUUGCUACAUAGGUUGCUACGUGCGCAGUGGUGGUUCUAACAUUUAAAACUAUAUAAAUAUAUAAAUAUAUACAAAAAUAAGACUCAAAAAUAUACAAAAUAAUUAACAAAGACAAAUAGAAACAAAUGUGUUGAUUUGGCACUCAAGCAUCAAUACAUUACCCAUCCCUCAACACCGUCAACCAAGAGUCAAGACUACAUUACCCAUCCCCCAACACCAUCAACCAAGAGUCAAGACUACAUUACCUAUCCCCCAACACCAUCAACCAAGAGUCAAGACUACAUUACCCAUCCCCCAACACCAUCAACCAAGAGUCAAGACUACAUUACCCAUCCCCCAACACCAUCAACCAAGAGUCAAGACUACAUUACCUAUCCCCCAACACCAUCAACCAAGAGUCAAGACUACAUUACCUAUCCCCCAACACCAUCAACCAAGAGUCAAGACUACAUUACCCAUCCCCCAACACCGUCAACACUACAUGACCCAUCCCCCAACAACAUCAACCAAGAGUCAAGACUACAUUACCCAUCCCCCAACACCGUCAACACUACAUUACCCAUCCCUCAACACCGUCAAGACUACAUUACCCAUCCCUCAACACCGUCAACCAAGAGUCAAGACUAAACCAAUUCACCUUGGUGGUGUGCAGACUGGUUUUAUAUUGUUCUUAACGAUUUCACACAAACCAGAAAAAAAUGCAACAAUAUGUCUGUGAAAUUAUAUAUUCACAGUAUUAUGAAUAAAUUGUUGUUUAUUUGGUAGCAUUUCACAGUGUGACUGAUUUUACUAAUUGCAUUAGUACUGUACAAAGUUAGAGGUGUGCUAAUUGAUAUAUUUCCCGUUCCCGAAGGUGACAUGAUUGUCAUUGAUGUAACGUGCAAAUGAGCAAUAGAAAACCAAUCGCGCAAAUGUCACAUUACGAUUGUUUUUGUGAGGACGCCCCAGUACCGCCCCCGACAAGAUGUUGCCCCGAGCGGCUGCCCAUACCUCGCCUAUACCUAAAUCCACCACCGUACGUGCGUAAAGUCAAGGGUGUUGAAAUAGGGAGACAUGCAUGUAACUCAUACAUUACUUAUCUUGUCCGUUGAAUAUUAAAUAUAAAGCACUUGGCAUUUCCAUCGUUUAAAUAGGAGUUUAUAACGAGUGAAUGACGUGUUUUGUUUUCAAUAUUUUCAUUGAUGAUUGUGUCCAUCUAUUUUUGAACACAGAGGUAUCACAUACAUUAUUAUCAAUGACUUACAUUUCCUUUUCAGCUUUCCUACAAGACAGAGGUGGCUAGAGGAUUACGCUAUAGGAGGAUGGGCUCAUUGUAAUGGCUGAAAUGAAGAAAAAUAGAAUGGUAUCAAUCACAUCAAACUUUUGUUUGAGUCUAUCCUAUUAAUUCCAUCCCAAUCAGCCCGUCCUCCUAUAGCUUCUCCCGCCAGCCUCGACUACAUGUUCUGCAAUAACUCCAUAUUUGCACUUCCUCAUCCUGUGUCAUCAACCAACCAAACAAUAUUCCCAACAUCCAUUUUCUAGUAAAAAACAGAAAAUCAAACACAUACUGUAUCUCUGUAAUGUUUUAUAUUGUAAAGAAAAAGUGUAUUAUUAUUUGUAUUAUUAUUAUUAUCAUCAUCCUAAUCCUAUGUCAUCAACCAAAUGUAAUCCCUUAAAAUGGGCAUGGUAGGCUCUAUAACCGACUGAAUAUUCCCAACAUCUUCUAGUAAUAAAGCAGAAAAUCCAACACAUAAUGUAUCUCUGUAAUGUUUUAUUUUCUGAGUACUUCAACAGAUUUAAAAAGGCUACCUGGUUGAUCCUGUUCUUUUAUCAAUAUGUUCUCAAUAUUUGUCACUGUGUUUUUAUCUGUUUAAAUCCUGAUCUGUGAAGCUCACUGGACUGCAAUAUAUUAUAAGAAAGAUGGUAAAGAAAUAAAGUCUAUUAUCAUCACCAUCA